AUGUCAGUGGAAUUAAAAAAUGGAAUUCUUGGACAGAAAGAUAGAAAUGUUAGGAUUUUUGGAAAGGAUAUUGGUGGUAUGGAAGGUUUAAAUUCGAUUAUUGCAGAGUUUCCAAGUAAAUGGUAUUAUAUGAAGCCACUGGCUGACUAUUUAGUUUCGAAUGGAAGUUACGAAAUUGGAAAGAGUUUGAGAGGGUUUACUUAUGACUGGAGAGUGGGUGUCAGAGAGAGGGCAAAUGAUAGUUUGUCACUCGGAGGGGAUUACUUCAAACUACAAAAAUUGGUGGAAGAAACUUUUAAAUUGAAUGGAAGAAAAGUUUCCUUAUUAGGGCAUUCUAUGGGAGGACCUUUCUUACAAUAUUUUCUAGCUAAUUUUGUGAGUCAAGAUUGGAAAGAUAGAUAUAUUUACAAGUAUAUUCCUGUGGCUGGUCCAUUUGAUGGAACAUCAUUUUCUUUGAUUCUUUAUGUGACUGGAACUAAUUGGCAAUUUCCAGGAUUCAAACCAGAAAAUGCAAAGAAAUUACUUAGACAAUAUCCUUCCAUUCUAUUCAUGACUCCAACCCAAUUUCCAUACAAGUAUCCAUUCUUUUCUUAUAAAGGAAAUGUGAGCUAUCAUGUUGACCUUUCGGAUAUUGAGAAAUUCUUGACAGAUGCACAAGUUUCCAAUGGAGUUGCACUCUACCAUCACGAAUACUCUCAAUAUAAGCACAAUAGAUUAAAUGCACCUAACGUGACCACUCAUUGCAUGUAUGGUUAUGGAACUCCAACAGCCACACGUGUCAGAUAUACUGGAAACAAGGAAUUGAAAGAUUUAAAUUACAUGGACGUGUUACAUAACACCACUGUUGUGAAUAGUGAAGAUGGAGAUGGAACUGUUCCAAUAUAUUCUUUGGAAUUAUGUGAUCAAUUUGCCAAAAGUCAAAAAAAACCAGUUCAUGUUCAUCGAUUUGCAAAUGAAACUCACUCAGAUAUUAUUAAUUCAGAACAGUUCCAAAAAAUAUUACUGGAAAUUCUCUCAUAUGAUUAA